UACUUUACCUAAAAUUGUUGGGAAGGAGAAGUAAAUGUUUUUGUAGUGAACUGCGCAGGUUAUGGCUAUAUAAAUUCAUAAGUGUUACAUUUUGGUCAUAAUUCAUAAACAUUAAAUAGUGAGUGUGUCUUCUACUGGACGUUGGCAGCUAACGAGUGUGUAACCCAUCAUAUGGUCAACCAAAGGUACAGUUGGUAAAAUUAAGAAAAGAAAUGUUUUGUUUUAAGAAUAGCUUCUUUACUCCUAUUAUUUUAUAAUUUUUCAGAAAAGCAGCUUCUAGAAAAUAAAGUGAAUAAUUACUUCAGUUAAAGCUAGGAGAUGGCGACCAGCAGGAGUUGGGUAGACGCGGAGCUCGGCAAGCCAAUCAAGAAGAAGCACGUCUUGCAGAGGCUUGAGGACAUGUUCGGCAAUGUUUUUGAUUGGAAUUUCAUUCACUCGGUGGCACAGAGUUGCAACUGGGACAUUCACCUGUCGACAGAAAGAUUGAUGGCACUGUCAGAAGAUCCAAGCAGGGGCAGGUCAAGGAAAGUUUCAGCUCAAAUGUCAAAUCCAUCAGGGAAAAAAAGUGAACCACAUAAACCACCUCAGAAAAAAUUUGUUAACGUUAACAAGAAGUUUAAAGACAAAAAAAUAGCCAACGUUGGUGGACUGAAAGAACUCCAUGCUGCCAAAGGAAUGCCAAGACAAGCUCAUCCUCCCUUACCAUUCUCCCACCCGAACAUGUCAGGUCUUGGUCCUUUUAAAGUUGCUUACCAAGGAAUGCAUAACGCUCAAGAUCUUGAUGAUGCAGAUGUUGUCGUGGAGGAAGUGACAGAGUUUGAAAUAGUCGGGGGCAGUAACUUCAGACGUGAUGGUGUUGCUCCUAGUUUGAUUCAGUACCAUGCCCCAGGGGAUCUUCUCUGUGCAGAGCCCAUAACCAAUAAAAAUGUAGGUAUGCUCAAGUCUAUGAUGCCAGGAGAAGGGAAAAAGUCAAGACCCCAUUCGCAGCAGAGGGAAACUCAAAGUCGUGUUCAGGAAAAGAAGUUUGUGCAAUCUGAAACUCAGAAUGUUAAUGCAGUGAACCAUGGAAAUCCGAUCAUUAGAAUAAAAUCUCACGUACAGAAUGGGACAAGAAUAUUGAUUCUUUUGAGAGGAGUACCAGGCAGUGGAAAGAGUCAUUUGGCCAGACACUUGGUGAAAAUGUCUGUUGUUGGACACUUUACUGAUUAUGUGUUCUCUGCAGAUGAUUACUUUACAACCAGGAAUGGUCAGUAUGUUUAUGAUCCUUCUCGUCUCUCAGAAGCUCACGAAUGGGUACGUAGGAGCAUUGAAGAUAAAAUGAAAAGGUGUGAAAGUCCUCUUUUCGUAGAUAAUACAAACAUUCAGUCCUGGGAAAUGCAGCCAUAUGCUGUACUUGCGAUUAAGUAUGGGUAUGUUCUAGAACUUCUUGAGCCUCAUAAUACAUGGAGAUAUGAGGAAAAACAGCUUACAAAAAGAAAUGUCCAUGGUGUCCCCCAACAAAAGAUUAGAGAAAUGUUGCGACGCUUUGAACCUCAUCACACUGGAAAAAGUUUGCUGAAACUUUUCAAUCUUUGCUAUCAUCCAGCAGUGAAACCCCCCCAACCUGCAGCUCACAAGUCCCUUGCUGCCCGCAUUGAGAAAAAAGUUAAUCUACAAAAAUUACCAAAGAAAAACAAGAAAAAACAAGAUGUUAGUAAGUCUCAGGUGAAACAGUUAGAUACUGGAAGUGAGACAGAGCUCCAGAUAAGAAAUGAACUUAAAGACAUAAUAACACUAUACUUUGCCAAAAAACUUCAGGAUCAAGGCCAGCAGAUGGAUCCAGAUACUAUCAAAUCAAAGCUAUCAUGUGGACUUAGUGUUGAAGAAAUUCUGAAAACACCUUCAGAAAUCAACCAGUCAGCACCUGAUCAGUGUGUAUUGAACAGUGCAGUGAGUACAGAACACACAGCUACGACUUCUUCAGUGUGUUCCACAAGUAAUUUACAUGAUGCAUCCAACACAUUUGGGCUUUUUGGCUGUAACAGUAAUAGUUCAUCAGAGAGUGGGUCAGCUCAAGACAGCAGUGAUAGUGAUUCUGAAGUAAAUUGUGUAGACCAGGACGACAAUGACGGGGGAGAUACAGAAAACUGUCAUGUGACACUCAAUGAUGAUGAUUGGGAAGAUACAGAAAACAAUCGGGAGGCACUCGUAGCAUCAGUUGAGUCACUUAGCACUAAAGAGUCUGUGGAAAUUCUGCCUGAAGAUCUAUGGAAGUAUGUCAUGUUGAGUAAAACUGAUUCUGCAACAGAAAUUGAUAACUUUGGUAAUAAUUUUCUAAGUGCUCUAUUGGCUGAUUCUACUGGUAAUAGGGUGCAAUAUGUCAACACCACUCACAGUGAUAAUUUAGAGAAUAAUGCUAAUGCAAACCAUUUUGCUGAAGUACCAUUUUCUUCUAAUGUAGUGCAAGAAGUCAUUUCUCACAGCGAAGUGACUGAAACAAAUAAUACUGUUUCUGAAAAUGCUACUGAGAGGAAGGCCACGCCCAGAGACGUAACAGAAAGCAGUGCUGCCCUCACUGCUCUCAGUGAAGUGUCAGAUAUCAGUAUUGGUCACAGUGUCAUUCCAGGUAUCAUUGCUGCACUAAUUGAUAGUGUAACAGAUCUCACACACAAUGAUGAUAAUCAUAGUGGUAUUUCAGAGACUGGUGCCAUUCACCUUGGCACAUCAGAUAUCAGAGUUGCACUUGGUGACAAGAUAGAGAGCAGUGUUGUUCAGAGUGACGUGCUAGAGUCCACUGCUAGAGUCCAUGUGCCAGAGUUGAACGUGACUGAUAGCGGCAUACCAGAGAUAAAUUCCAUCCACAGUAACAAGCCAAUAAUCAAUGACACACACACUGCCAAACAAGAUACAGUAGCUUACACUGAUGUCGAGACCAGCGCUUCUCCAGUUGAUAUUCAAAAUAUCAGCACUUCUCCCAACAAUGUUACAGAGAUCAGUGCUCCUUCAAGUGGUAUGUCAGAUAUAAAUGCUACACACAUUGAUGUAACUAAGAUCAUUAAUACCUCUCACAGUGGUAUCCCAGCUAUCAGAUCUGAACACUUUGAUACAGUAGAGACCAGUGCCACACCUGACAUCAGCACUGUAGUAAAGGAUAAACCUGUUAUUAAUGUUAGUAGCAAUAUGUUGGAAGGUAAUAUUAGAAAUGAAAUUAUUUCUACUGUAGUAAUUAGUGGUGGAAGUAACUUACACUUUCAAAGAUACACAGAAUUGAUUCCUUGCGAUUCAGUUUUGCCCCUUGAAAUAACUUCUUCCGUUUGUGAACAAUUCACUAGUGUUACAUCUGACAUGACCAGUGUUCUUACAUACACACCAGAGCAUUGUGAAGUAUCACGAGAGGAGAUAGGAAACUGUACUAACCAAAUAAACGAAAAUAUUGGACUCCAUAGUAAUGUUGAGGAAUUGGCAAUAACUGCUGGCAGUCCAUGCAGUGAAAGUGGUGGGUGUGAUAGUAGACAUGUUGUCUCUGGUGAUGUGCUGAGUCAUAACACAGAUGAAGCAAAGAAACAGUGGCUCAGACAGCUAGAGCAAGAUUUAUUGAAUGGGUUGAUUUCGAAUCAAGACCUAGAAACAACAGAUAAUGAGGGUGACCAGAUAAGUAAUGGAAGUGAACCUCACAAAGAGUUAGUAGAUGUUUCUGUUGAGUGUGAUGCUGCAAUUGAUAAACUAGGAAUAGUAAUAAAAUUGGAUGGUAAUGAGAAAGAAAAUAGUAACACAUUAUUGACGUGUAUUGGUUUAAAGAGUGCUCUGGAGGUAAGUGGAGAGGGAACUGAUGUUUCUAAAUGUCUUCAUAAGUCUGUUUGCAAAGCGGAGGAAUUUAAAGAAGACCAUAAUGAAGAUGUAGCUUCAGACCAGGUAGUCAAGACAGUAGUUACUAUAGAUAAUGCUACAGGCAGUAAUUGUAUAGCGAGAUUCAACAACACUGUGCCGGCGAAUGUAGAUUGCAUGGAUCUAGUUGAUACCAUUGUUCCUGUUAACACCUCUGGAGCAGAAAUUCAUCUUCUGGAACAACAUUCCUGUCUGGACAGUGGCAGUUGUGUUAAGGAAGACGGUGCUCAUGAAGUGGAAGAACCUAGUUUGCUGGAUGCAGCAAAGCUGGAGCAGGAGGAUAUCUGGCAAGUUUGGGAACGAGGUACUUCGUGGGAAGGGAAUGGUGCAGAGCCAGUGACGAUAGAGGGCAGUGUAGAUGCAGGGAAGCCUAAACCUGAGCGCCACAUGAAGAGAGAGCGUGUGCUAUCGGGUGCUGUGGUUAGAGAGAGAAUUGUGGAUGAUGACCCUCCUCUAUUGGAUGAAAUUAAGGAAUGGCAAACGGUUGUGGAUGCUGAUGUGUCGUGGAAGUCUGAAAACAGCAUGGACUUAUUGAAUCUCGAUACAUUGUUAACUUCAGAAGAACCUCUCCCACAAAGGGAGAUAUUUGCAGAUGAUAAAAAUUUAGAUAAAAUUGCUCCUGAAUUGUGUGAUAAGGUGGAUUUGUUAUCAGGGAAAGAUAAUCUUGAAGAUAAUGACUGUCACCAUUUACAAGAAGAGAGAAUAUUUACAGAAUCUUCAACAAAUACACAUCAUACAGAUUUUUGGAUUUCCAGACUGGUUGAAAGUAGUGACAAGGGUGAAGAAAUGCUUGAGCUCUGUGGUGUGAAAGUGCUUGCAAGUAGUGGCCAGUAUGUUUCGGUCAUUUUGGUCACAGAUUUGGAGCGUACAAGGAAUGUCCCCAGUGUAUUAAUGUUGGACAAGAGCUCUAUGACCGGUGAGGAUGGCGACUGUGGCAUUCCCGUGGCUUCCGCCGAUGGUGUAGCAAAGAAACGAAGCUUUGAACAGUUGGCCAGGGUUUUCUGCCACAUUCCUCGUGAUGAGCUGAAGGAAUUGUUUGAUAAAUGCCAAGAAGAUGUAAACUGGACUGCGGAGAUGCUACUAGAUUCUGGUUACGAACCACAGGACACACUGCAGGAUUUGGAUGAUUCUUUUGUUAAUAACGUAGACGAUGGUAGUGAAAACCAGGCGAGCUCUGCACCAGAAGCUGCAUCUGAAGAAUUGUUUUUUAACAAAAUUAGCACGGAGUCACCCAUCUCUUCUACCCAAACAAAUAUUGAAACUAGGGCAUGUACAAGCAAAAAGGGUGGUAAAAAUGCUUUCAAAACACAGUCAUCUGCUGAAUCUUUGGAACUAAAGAAACAUUUUGAAAUGAAUGUACAUUUUGACAGCUCUCAUUACUCUGAGCACGUGCAACGCAUCAAGAGGAUCCGGCACGGGGAGUUUGUGGGGACGGAAGAAGUACGCUACUCUCCCCAGGAACCGAGUGCUCCAUUCGCAGAGGAGAAUGACGACCAGGAGGGCGUCGACGGUGUGGUCCAGCGGCCUGCGGAGGAUGACCCGGAGGCUGCGACGCAGAGCAGCGACGACGAGCAGACAGAGUGGCUGCCCCUGACCCUGGACCGCCAGUUCGUGGCCAAGCUGCACAUGCUGUUUGGCAACCCAGCCAUACUCUCCCCACCAGACUCAGAGGCGGUGGUGAGUGUCCCUCUGGGGCUGGCGCGGCAGCUGUACUGCUGCCUGACGGACGCCCGGGAGAGCCUCGCGGAGCAGCGGUCCAGAGAAGACGAGGCGCUGGCCAGGCGACUGCAGCAGCAGGAGAGCGAGGCGGGCGGCCAGGCCUGCGACCUGCAGCAGAUCAUGGACAUGGAGCUGGCCUUGUCGCUCUACCGCGCCGACGUGGACCAGAGCUGCGGGGAGACGAGGGACGACAUGGCCACGCGGCUGUCGAGGGCGAAGCUGGCCGAGGCGUUCCCCGAGGUGGAGCAGGGCGCGCUGGCGGAGGUGCUGAGGGCCCACGACUACUCCUUCAGCGAGACCUGCGAGGUGCUGCAGGCGUCCGUGGCGGGCGGCCGGGAGGACCGCGUGCUCCACGUGUUCUCCCCGGAGGCCCUGGAGCGCCACGAGCGGCGGCUGCUGCGCCAGGUGCAGCUGGAGGGGGCCAAGGCCCUGGAACUGGAGGAAGCGCCCAAGGCGCUGGAUGACGACUGCGACAAGGACCAGGCGCUCAGGGACGCCAACCACUACCGCGCGGAGGCGGCUCGUCACGCCCAGCUGCGGCUCGAGUGCGACCUCAAGGCCCGUGAGGCGUACCGCAGCAAGAUGUACUCCGUCGCCUCCUACUACUCCCAAGUCGCGGGGCUGCACCGGCGCCAUGCGGACGACGCCAACGCGCGCGCCGCCUCGCUGCUGCUGGCGCGCCACUCGCGGUCGCCGGCCACCACGCUGGACCUGCACUUCCUGCAGGUGCCCGAGGCCCUGCAGGUGCUGCAGUUGUUCCUGGACGCCCACGUGGCCCGCCUGCGCGAGGAGGGGCGGCCGCGGCGAGCGCUGUACGUCGUCACGGGCCGGGGGGCCCACAGCGCGGGGGGCCGCGCCCGCCUGCGCCCGGCCGUGCUCCGCCGCCUCCGCGACCAGGGCCUGCGGUUCGAGCAGAACGACAACCCGGGCCUGCUGACAGUCCACGUGAUGCAGACCACUCCGCUCAGCAGCGAAACUUGAAACUGCCGGAGCUUGCAUUUUAGUACUUUUAUAUUGCACGUGCAGUUGCACACGUGUUUUUUGUGGUAUUUAGGGAAUCCAUCAUCUUUGCCAGUACGUUUUGUAUCAAGCAAAUUAUUGAUUUUAAAUUGUUGAUGUUUAAUAUUAUUUUAGAAAAUUUUAUGUGAUAAGUUGAAUUUUUAAAAAGUGUUGUUUAAGUAUAAUAGUUACAACUGUACAGUGUUUUAACUGAAAUAGGGUGGAAAGUUAAAAAAUUGGUACUCACAUUUUUUCCAUGACUGCUCUUGUGUUUAUUUUUAAUGGCAAAGUUUUCACGUAGGCAGCAUGAGUUGUCGCACUUGCAAUACCAGCUAAGAACGGUACUUGCACAUAAAUCACAGAACAGAAGGAAUUCACUACAGGAGCAAGUUCAAGUGAAAAUUUAUAUUUUAACAUGCAAAUAGUAUUUUGGCUAGAGCCUUGAGUGCUUCACCCUACCAUUUGUUCAUAUUCUGCAACACAGCACUGCCUUGUCAUAUGGGACAGCAAUAUGAGUAAAAAUGAAACGCUUACAGUUUAAAAGUUUUAAUUAAUCUUGAUAAAUUAAUGAAUUUCCUCCGAGACACUGUAACAUCAAUAUUUUCAGUUUAUGGACACUGAAGUAUUUUUUUUUUUGUGUAAUAGGUUACAGUGUAAUAGUUUUAGUGGUGGGAUACAGUAGUGUUCUAGUGUUAUUGUCGUGGAUCAAUAAAAAUGAAUAGUUUAUCUGUCAUAUGAAUGAGUGACAACAAGAGUUGUGUACUAUGGACUGUAAUUGCAGGCAAUCAUAAUUUAGAGCAAGUUUCUGUGUCUGCAAUCAACUGUUGAGUUGGUAUCUUACGUAUGAUGGUGUGAUAAUGUGAUAAUAUGAUUGUUGUUUUAUUGUUAGAAGUUCCUAUGUUAAAAAGUGUUAUAGCAUAUGUAAUACCUAUUCAUUUUCGGUCUCUAGCUGACUUCCAUCGAUGGCAUUCAUUGAACCUGGUGUGUUGUGUAUUUUACAGCAAACCAGUGAUCUGCUAAAUUGUCCUGGAAGUUAGAGUAGGUUGUAGGUUAUUUUGUAUCAUUAGUCAUUGUCAUAUUAGGUAAUUAGUUAUUACAGUAUUUAUAGCCAGUCUUUGUUAAUAAGUUGCUUGGUGGAUUUGCUCCAGUUUUAGGGAGUGCAAGAUGAUUUUUGCUGUCAUGGAUUUAGUAAACAAAGUGACACCCAACAUGUGUGAAGAUGUUAAGAUGUCUACAACUUCUAAUGACAUGUUUCCUGCUCUGUGUAUGUAUCAGUAUUUUUUAUUCCCAGUUGCAUAAAAUUUUUUGAAACGUGUUUAAAUAGGAGCUGGUUUGUGCAGUUCUUUCAUGUGCUGUUGGUCCAUCGUAUGUCUAGCUGUCUCCAGAUCAGAUCCGAUGUCAUUUGAUAAUCUGUUAAAGAAUAUGUUAUGGUAAAAUUUUAGUUUAAAGGUUAACCUUAACAACCUCCUGAGGGUCAUUAAACCUUUUUUUAAAUUUUUAUUUAUUUACUUGAAAUUCGUGAACACUAGAAAUCAUAUUUUUCAAAAGUGAAGUGUUGGGGUGGUUUUGCACUUUUAAUUUCUUAAGAUGUUUAGUGUGAAAGUCAUGGUAAGUUCACAAGCUUUAUGUACUUAAAUUAGAAUGAGAAAAAAAGAUUAAUGUGUGUUUAUUUUUGUCUGCACUUACAAUGUGUGAAGCUGGUAGUUGAAAUGGAGCAGCAGUAUCUGAUGACCACGUGAACAUGUCUUUCUUGUUAGACAUGACAAGUGUGUUUUGACUGUUUGUUGUAGAAAAUUGUACAUCCAUGACAAAACUUGGUUUUUUUCCCCAUGAAUGUAAGUUACCAGUAACAGUGAGUUGCAUGGUAUGUGAAAGAGAGGAGUAAAAUCUGUAACACUAGUUCAGUUAAACUGAGUGGUGGGUAGUUUCCAAGUUCCACUGUAUCUAUCUGCAUCUCCUGAUGAGGUUCCGUCCUGAAUCUUGGGUUUUGUCUACUCUCACAUUCUUUAUUUGUGCAGCUGCCUGGAUAUAAAUAGGAAAUGGAACCGAUAGAUUCUGGUUUUCUACUGUUAAUAGAACAUGGCUCAAGGAUAAAGGGUAAUAAUGCUUAUUCACUCUCUCAUCGUAGGCAUUUGACAUAAACCCAGUUUGCAGGGUACGUUUACAUUACCUACCAUGACCGUUUCAUUGCAUUAGUAAAGACAAGAUUUUAAGGUUUUAGUUUUGGUCCAGUUUCAUUUUUAAAACAGGAUUUUUGUGUUAUUGUUUUUAUUUUUAUAAAAAUCUGUUUCAUAAUGCUUACUCCGUCAAAUUAGGGGUAAAAUUUAUGUGCUGUAUUUUUACUGUAUAAUAAUUUUUAUAAAUUGCUUUAAAACGGAUACAUUCGAAACAAUAAAAAUAAAUUAGCCAGCAGUUGUGAUUUGAAAAUGAUUCAGUUAGACAUACAUGAAAAAAAGGAAUUACUUAUAUGAAUUUUUCUGAAUCAUACAAUUUGGUACUUUUUUUGUACGGAAUUAACAUUUCUUCAAUUUCAAACAUUAAAUAUUCCUUUUUUUAUAAUUUGAAUUAAGUUUUGGUUAAAUGAUACUUAAUUCCAUGAUAUAACUUGCAUUACUGUAUUAUUUUGGUUUUAUUGCAAUUCACCACGUAAUCUAGUCCUUGUGCAUGAGCCACAGGCCUCGCAGUGUCACUGUGGUGUUACAGUGCGUCCACUACAGUCGUAAGGCAGGACAGUUCAGUUCUCGACAGAACUCCAUUUUUUGAAUAAAGUGCCAGUGUUGGCUACAAGGAGCAGUGGGUAACCUCUUCACCUUUGUUAGGGUGGUUUGGCUGGGUUAAAGGAAGCAAACCUUUUUCCCAAGUCUAGAAUGAAAAGGCUUAAAUACUGCCAAUCAAAGUGCUAGGGGAAUCAUCUUUAAACCAGUUAUGAUUUCUCCUUAUGGGUCAAACUCAUCUGUUAAACUUGCCACGCAUCCUUGCCAAUAUAGUGCACCCAAAAUAAUUGAUGGUGGGAGUGAUAACUGCUUAGUUCAAGCCAGGCAAUUGUGAGAGGUUGAAAGCGUAAUGUCCGAAGGCUGGCUUGCUCACACUGGCAGAUUGCCGAAUGUUGAAGUUUUAAGAGCAGCCAUUCACACCACUCUAUCCUUGCUCUUAACCACGCCCAGUGCCACUUCACCGUUCAGGAUGUCACAAGACAACGCCAUCGGUUAACCAUUCAGUGUGCUCACCGUCACCAUGAACUAGUGGGGCCACUGGUCGGGUCAUUCACCUCCCAGGGGGGGUGGGGUGGGGGGGGGACCCAGAUUUGUCGCGAGUUCGAAACGUGAUGGACGUUGCAGUUUUCUUCGUGCACUCCUGUUUUUUUUCCACCUAUUUAUUCAAUCAUUGCUCAAUUAUCAUCUCUAAUGACCCCGAUGUCAACGAGUUGUUAAACAUAUUUCUACAUUCAUUCCAUUCAUUCAGUUUUGAACUACAGCGUCUCACCUUAGUUUGUAUUGUGUAUUUUAAUGGGCAUUAACUCUCUCUUUCCAGUACAUAUCUGCCAUGAGCGCUAGUUACCCUUGUUUCGGUAUGCUAUGUUGCCAGAUAUACCCAAAGAACACUCAAGUUUUGGACACAAUUUUAUAAUGUAAUGAAAAAAAAUGUUUAAAUGUACUCAAAAAAAUUUGACAUUGUAAAGGGAAAUUUUGUAUAUACAUUUUCUUGUUGUCAUUCAUCAAGAGCAUCCUUUGAUAAUAUUAAAUUGUUACUUCUAAGGAAGUGUACCAUAUUUACCUGAAUAUAAUGCUAUGGUUUUUACCAUAACUGUGUAAACUAAAAGUGGGGGUCGCAUCAUCAUGGCAAACUUGUUUCUUGCCUUCGUGAACAGCUUGGUUGAAGAACUAUAGGCUGUGCCUCUUAAGUGUCACUUAUGCCACUUUAGACCACUGUUAAUUACUUCCUCCUGAACUCCACUUGGUUGAAAAACUGCACACUCUGCCUUUAAACGUGCAUCACUUAUGCCACUUUAGUCCGGAGCUUCUUGGACGUCUGCACUGUGUGACAGAUGAGAGGAUGAGACCCCCAUACAUCACCAGAUUCUCUGUUUUCUGAUAUGAACUAGUCUUAAAACACUAUUUUCUUUCUAACUGCAGCUCGGUGUUUCAAAAGAGACCAUGUAAGUCACUCUACUGGUGAAAGUGGCACCGAAAAGGGUCUAGUAAACAUUGAAUAGAUGUAAUAAUAAUUUUAGUUAUUUUCAAGUGCUAUUUACCUGAAUUGUGAUUUCCAAUCCAUUAAGUCUUAUUCAUAAAUUCAUAAUCAAAAACAAAAAAGUUUGGGGUUGCAUUAUGUUCAGUCUCUCAUUAUUUUCUGGUAAAUACAUAAAUUAAAAACUCCCAUCUUGGUUUUGACCACUCUUGUCAUCAAAUCUUUUUCAUAUUAGUUAAUGUUAAAACUUUUGACCAUAGCCCAUAAUGCCAUAAUAAAUGGAAUGCCUUGUUAUAAAUGGGCACCAACAGCUGCAAGUAACUCAGUUUGUGGUUCCAAGUAUGUGAUGUGUAACUAGCGGAUCCAAGUGUAAAUACUAAAUAGUACAUAAAGUUUAUUUUUUUAUGAACACAGAUUUUAGCUUGCAGUGAUCACCAUUGUUGUAGUUUUACAUAUAAAUGUUUAAACAUUUUUUAAUAAUUUUAAUUUUUACCGUAGUUAUAUGUGAAUAAAUGCAUGAUUUUAUAGGUGUGGGCAUGUUACCAUUCCUUUGAGUGUGCGAUUGUACUGUGAUUGUCCGGUACAGGUUUACAAUACUUCAUCCAAAUCUUUGGAUCUGUGGUCCAUUGAAUUAAAAAAAUUUCAGAAUUGCAUCUAUAAUGGAAGGUUGGUUGAUUUUUAAGUUAUUAAGGUUUUGAAAGUAAAUCAUAAACAUUACAGCUAUCACUGUAUUUCCUGUAUUUUUUGGUUGGCACUGUUAUCUCGAAGGGGUUCUUUUUCAUUUGGGCAGGAAUUAAGCUAAAUCACCAAUUAAUACCAACAAAUUCUUUACUUACAGUGUUAAUGAAACAUGAAAAGUUAUUUUUUUUUUAUUAUUAGUUCAUAAGUUGGAAUAAGUAAUUGUAAACCAAUGUGAUAGGAGAAUUUGUGUUUGAGUGAUAUUUUGCCAGAUGUUACUUGUAUCACAAAAUUUAUUAUAAGAAAUCUGUGUGUGAUCCCAUGUGCCUUAAUAUGUACAUUGUCAUUUACAGCUUAUGGUGUUAUCUAUAUGUGCAUGACCUGUGAGGGUUGUAGACACACAGGUGUAGGGAUGGGCCCGUUACUCUGUUAUUCUGUCAUAAUUUCAAUUUCUCCCCCCCCCCCCCCCCCUUUUUUAUUCUAAAGUUGUGAGAAAGUAUUCUGUUCAGUAUGUGAAGGAAGGCAUAAAGGAGAUACAGUUUUCAUUCACAGAUGCACUAAAAAAAUAAAACACCGGUAAUUUGAAGUUUUGCCGAUGUGGAGGUAAACUAUAUCAAAGGACUGCCCUUACCAUCAAAUAAUAAUAUUACAAUACAAAAUUACUCUUGUUUCCUCAUUUGUAACUGUGAAAUAUUUCACCAAAGGUGCUGUAAGCCAUCCCAUAGGGUACAAGUUUGUGUUGUGAUCAGUUAAAAAAUUGUGGUAUCUAGUAAUGACAUAUUAUUCAAACUGUAGAAACAUGUAUGUUGCUUUUUCGAAUAGCAUUUGUUCAUGUAGGUAAAGCUAUUUCACACUUUUUAUGUCUAAAUGCUUUUUUGUUCAUUAAAUAAUAAUAAAAAAAUUGGUUUUGUACGAUUCUUCUGAGUGGUAUUGGCUGCUGGGCGGUUGUACAUUAGAUUUCAAGCAUGAACUAAUUUAAUAUGAUUCAAACACAUUUUCUGUUGCACUUUUGUUUGCGCUGAACAAAGAAUCACUGUAAACUACAGAAUUAAUUGAUUGAACUGAUGGUUCAUAAUGAUGAUCUUGUUUGGACAUAGCGCAAGCAAACGUGUCUAGAAUCUGUAUAAACUUUGUGUUGGUUAUAGCUAUAAUCAGACACAAAUAUUACAGAAUGAUUUUAAAAAUUAACACAUGUAAGAAAAAUGUUGCUUUUUCUCAUAGUUACACCACAUCUCACAUUGAAUACCCGUAUUUUUUGUGAUUAAAUUUUUUUUUUAAUUUAAGCUGUAUUCUUUACUAAAGAUUUUUAUUUCAUUACUAUUAUUUUCCAUACUAUAAAGAAACUUCGUCUUUACAUAAUGUAAUCAUAUUUUUUUAAUUUGUAAUAGCUUCUAAAUAAUGUACCAGUAUAUAUUUUUCAGUCAUUAAAAAUCAACAGAUAUGAGGCAACGACAUAAUGGGAUUCUAUUUAGUGGCAAUCACAUAAACCACUUGCAUAUAGAGAUGGGCUUCAAACAUUGCAAAUUCCUAUCUAAAACAAAAAUGAUUUUACUGAAAAUGUGGCAUCAUCAUUCCAGUCAAUAGUAAUGAGCCUAACUUUUCGUCAACAGUGUUGCCUCUUCAUACAGUUAAGUGCGUUUUGGUCAAAGAACUGGUACCCAGUUCGGACGGCGAAUCUGACAAUCAUUUUCGAACCAAGAUUGGCGAAACUCUGUUUGAGGGUCACAAUGUCACAACUGCCCAUUAGAGAGUUUACUGUAUCAAACCUUGUGAUUGUAGUUCUUGUGCAACUAUAGCAGGUAUGUCAUGACAGGAGACUCCUUGUCAGAGGGAUGCUUGUAUGGAAUGUUCUAUGGAAGUUUUAGUAGUCCGCUAACCAUUUUAAUAAAAAACGUUUUUGGCAUGAAUUUAUAAAGAAAGUUUAGUACAGAAUUUAAAGUGUUGCAAACCAAAUAUAACUUGAUGGUACUUCUACUGAUAAAAAGGGGCCGUUUGAAUUAUCAGUGUGUAAUGCUUUAAAAUGUGUUUGAAUAAUUUCAAUUUGUAAUACUGUAUGUGGUGAAAUUUCAUUAAAUAUGUUUUUUUUUGUAGGUCUGGAUAUAAAAGUGAAUUGCCUAUACAAAUCAGCUCAACAUUUAUAACUGAAUAUUGCAGAAGCUUGGAAUAAAGUAUUUAAUAGAUAAUCUCACUGAAACCUCCACUAUUGCUCGAAUAGAGGCUCAAGCAACAGAGCUUGUGGGUGAUUUCAUAGCAGCCUUUACGAAACAUUCCAUCAUGGUACACAGUCAUAAGACCAAACUGGCCCAUUCCUAUGUUUGUAAAUUUAGUUAGUUGUUUAUGAAGAAUUCAACAAAAGUUCAGUGUUUUAUAAGUGUAUUUUUGUAUUUGUUAUCGUAGAGGAAAUUAGUCUAUUGUGUAAUAGAAAAAAAAUUGAAGUGUGUAUUUCUAAGCCAUUUUUGUUUUGUCGCAGCAGCAGCAGCUCACGUGAAACAAGUUUUUGCAAGAACUGCUUUUUCACUUUAUAUUGAACACUUUAUUCAUUGAUGUGUAUGAAUGGUUUUUAUAAUUUUUUAAUGUGUGUAUGGUUACUGUGUAAGGUGAACUCUUUUAUGAAUUAAAGCCUCUAUUAUCCAAAAUACAAA